AUGGAUGAUAUAUUCGAACUAAUUGAUUUUGCUCAGUUUGCUGAUGAAGAUAAUGCACCUAAAAGGUACAUCAUGGAUCAAGAAAACCCUGUAGAAUUAUUUUCUGAUCUUCAAUUUUACAAAAGAUACAGGUUUUCUAAAGAAGUAGUUAUGGAUAUUAUUAUGCCAUUAAUUACUAUUCAUCACAAUAAUAAUCGUGGUUUGCCCAUCCCACCUAUUCUACAACUCUUAACAACACUGCGGUUUAACGCAUCUUCAAACUUUCAAAUUGUAAAUGGUGACUUAAGAGGAAUUAACCAAGGAACUGUAUCAAGAAUAAUUAAAAAUAUAUCUGAAAUGUUGGCAAGUAAUGUAGAAAAUCAUGUACAUUUCCCUAGAAAUGCAGAUGAAUGGAAUAUUAUAAAAGAAAAAUUUUACCAAAUGUACAAGAUGCCGGGAAUUGGUGGAUGCAUAGAUUGUACGCAUAUCAAAAUACAAAAUCCUGGAGGUCCUGAUUCAGAAGUGUUCAGAAACAGAAAAGGAUAUUUUUCUUUAAAUGUUCAGGCUGUUUGUGUACCAUCGAUGGAAUUUUUAGAUAUAGUUGUAAGAUGGCCAGGAAGCUACCAUGAUAGCUUUAUAUUUAGUGGAAGCCAUGCAAACAAAUACUUUUCUGAAAGUAUUGACCAUGUGUUAUUGCUUGGAGAUGGAGGUUAUCCAUGUAAACCUUAUUUGUUUACACCUUUAAGAACCCCUGUAACACCAUCAGAGCGAAAGUAUAAUAAAUGUCAGAUUAGAACAAGAAAUAUAAUAGAACGGACAUUUGGAAUAUGGAAAAGAAAAUUUCCUUGUUUGAGAAGAUGUCUUGCUAAUGCACCUGGUACAACUGUAAAUAUUAUUCUUUCUUGUGCAUUACUUCACAACAUCUCUCGAAAAUAUAAUCAAUAUACUACAGACAGUGAUGAAGAAGAGGAAGACUUAGAAGAGGAAGAUGGUGAAGUUGCUGGAGAAAUUGACCACAGUAUACUAGGACCUGCAGCAAGACAAGCUUAUAUCAUAAGGCAUUUCAGUUAA